CCCCCAAAGUUUUUUUCUGUGAUUUUAAUGUGACUGCAACAAAUUUUGGAUGUGGAAAGUAAAUAAAAUAAGUGUAUUUAUUUUAUGAUAUAUAGUUGUUUAGCGUAUAAUAUAGGCUUAGUAGCUGUUAUUAACUAUAAAUAGGUCAAGUAGGAUAGAAAUGAGUGAGACACCGCAGGACUGUGACCUGCCUCCAGCAAAGAAAUUAAAACGUGAUGAGAGUUGUGAUCUCCCUAAGUCAGGAACUGACUCAAAGUUUGCAAACGACAAGUACGAAGAUUUCGUUUCACCUGAAGAGUUGGAGAAGCUCAAGGAGUUCCAAGUUCUAGACGAAGUCAGGUCCAACGAUGAAGAUAGCAAUGAUGAUGACUCCGAAAUGUCUGAUGGCAAAUCCGAUGGCCUGCCUGAGGAUGAGAUCGAGAAGAUGCUGGAAGAGGAUCUCCCGGAGGGAUUCAAGGGAGCGCCCAAGCCCAAGGAGAGGCCCUAUAUCACGAGGCAGAAGAUCGUGCUUGAGGAGAAAGGCGUGAACUACUACGAGGUGCUGCCGCUGGACUGGAUGAUGGUGCGCCACUACAGCGGCAUGCCGGUGUACGUGCACCGCACCACGCGCGUCUGCACGCUCUCCAAGCCCUACUUCCUCGGCAAGGGCAACACAAGGAGACAUGAUAUACCCAUUAGUGCAAUACCCUGCUUGUCGUAUAGAAAAGCUUUGGAAGAAGAAAAAAAGCAAAAAGAAAUAGAUAAAAGAAUUGCAGAACAAAUUAGAUCUGGCAAUUGGGUGGUUAAUUCUGCUGAUAAUAAUGGAGAUAAGGAAUCUGUAGCCAAUGCAAGUAAUGGAAAAACUAACGCAAUAAAUAAUGUUGACGAUAGAAACGAAAAUGUGGGCACAACGUGUCCCUUUAAGUUUAGUGAUACAAUAAAUGCCGAUAAGGUUGUAUUAAAUAAUGAUGGGGACAAAAACGACAGCGUAGAACAAACUCUAGCUAGUGAAACUACAAACGAAGAUAAAUUAACGAAAAUUAAUUUGCUAAACAAUGAAGGUACAAAACCUUCUCUUUCGAAGAUUGAAAAUACUUUUACAUUGCAUAAUGAAGAUUCAAAGAAAAAUCUACUUGCAAAGAUGAUGGUUGACUCUGAAGCAAUUAAAAUGGGUACAGAAGCAACUAAAAUGGGUACAGAAGCAACAAAAAUGGGCUCGGAAGCUACUAAAAUGGGUACGGAAGCCACUAAAAUGGGUACGGAAGCCGCACAGAAAACAUUAGCUGAAGAGAACGAAAAACAGUGCAAUAGUAACAAAACAAAACAAGCAGAGCCUGUCACAAAGAAAGAGGUGUCCAACGAAACAAAUGAGGACGAAUCUGAACAUUCUCAAGAUGAGCAAGUAUUGAAUACGGAGGGUGUUAACGAAGGGUGUGAGGUACCGGAGGCGGCGGGGCAAAGGCCUGUGGUGCUCCCAGGAGGGGUGGUCAUGCCGCCGCCGCGGGUGGAGACCGUGGCCACGAGCUGGAAGACGCAGCACCUCACGCCCGAACAAGUCAACGAGUACUGCAAAAGGCUGUUUAAGUUCAACACGGUGAAUAUUAUGCACUUCAUGCGGUGGGCCGACCGUCGCAAGUACACGAAGGCGCGCAAGACGCUGCAGUAUCCCACGCUGCCGGAGGGUACCAAGCUCAUCACCAUCCCCGCCGCGCCCGCCAACGGGCAGGACAACGGAGCCAAGACGAACAAGCGAGACUGGGUGCUGAACAUGAACGGACGCAGCUACCUGUCGGUGUUCCACGAGUACGUGCGGCGCGCGCUGCAGAAGCAGCCGGUUUAUGAGUUCGUGCAGCUGGAGAACGCCGCGACCCCGUACCAAGCGACGGUGUACAUCGGCGGCAUGCAGUACGGCGUGGGGCACGGCUCCAGCAAGCGGCAGGCCAAGUCGGCGGCCGCGCGAGCCUCCAUACACAUCCUCAUCCCCGAGAUGAAGGACGAGCUGGACGCCGGCACCAGCGCGCAGGAGCCCGACUUCUCGUUCUUCGACUACGUGGGCAUCGAGGACCCACGCAUCACGGAGUUCUGCGCCGCCACGUGCGAGCCGUCGCCGCACGCCAUCUUGCGCACGUGUUUAUUGCGCAACUUCGGCGCCACCGACCGACACAUCUCCACAGAGAUGAAGAAGCUGGAGUUCCAGAAGAUCGAGCUGACGAUGAAGGUGGGCAAGCACAGCGCCACCGUCGUCUGCAAGAACAAGAAGACCGCCAAGCAGCGCGCCUCACAGGCCAUACUACAAGCGCUGCAUCCCCACGUGAGAUCCUGGGGCUCGCUGCUGCGGCUGUACGGCUCGCGCUCCGUCAAGAGCUGCAAGGAGAAGAAGCUGGAGGAGCAGCAGAUCACGCUGCUACAGGAUAAGGCGCGUCACAACGAGCCCAACUACGCGGUGCUAGAGAAGCUUCGCCACGAGAUGGGCAAGCUGCGCGAGCGCGACGCCGCCUGCGCGCCCAUCGGCACGCUGCUGCUGGCCGCCGCGCUGCCCACGCACUCCGGCGCCAACCUCAACAACGUCGAGCUGUGACCCCGUGGCCCCCGGCC